AAAUGCUCAAGAAAUUCAAACCUAUCCUCCUAUCUGUCUCUACCUUAGGUGUAGGCUAUUUUUUUGCGCAAAGAGAACUCAAUAUUAAUUUGGGAAUCUUUGACACAUUUUAUUAUCACCUCUAUAAAUACUCUCCUCAUUAUGCUGUUUAAUUUAUGAAGGUUUUGUCUUAUUAAAAUAUAUUGUGGAAGCAAGAUCUCCUCACCCAAGAAUAGAAUCUUAAUGACUAAAUAAAAUUAAAGAAUUAACUUGGAUUAGCCAGCGGGUUUGAUAAUGAUGGCUCUUUUGUUGUAACCUUAUAAAAUUUAGGAUUUGGCUUUAUUGAAGUUGGUUCAAUAACUGCUUAAAAAAAUAUAAGGUUUAGUGAAGAUCUGAAUACUUAUGCAGUUAAAGUAAAUUUAACCAAAAUAUCACAGAAUGAUAGCAUUGAAUAUUUGAGCGAAAUUCCUUAGAUGGGAAUAUUACAGAGCAAAGCCGUUUUGACAUCACUUAGAAGAAAUUAUUCAAUAAAAAUACCUGUUGGGGUUAGCAUAAUGCCAUCAGAAGAGAUUUAUAAAUACACGCCAUAUUUAAUUGAAAAUGAUAUUUCUAAUGUUACAAGGUAUAACAUGAUCAAACAAUUAGAGAAUUAUGUACUGUAGCUGAUUUCCUUGUUCUUAAUCUUGUUAGUAGUCAAAGAACUAGUAAAUUAUAUAGUGACAUUGUUACCAAUAAUACGGAUGUGAUUAAGAAGAUGAUUCAAUCAAUAUAAAUCACUUAAAUUGAAGAAAUUGGACUACAAGCUGCUUUGGAACAUGAAAUUAAGAACCAACUUAAAGGAGACAAUUUAAUUAGUGAAUAUUUAAGCACUACUUAACUUGGAUUAAAAUAGUAAUAUUCAUUUAAUACCUAAGAAAUUUAGUUGCUCCAUUGUAUAUAAAAGUAUCUUCAAACCUAUAAAAAACAAUUCUUGAUUUUCUGUUGAAAGAGGCAAAUGGAAAUUAAAUUUAAGGAAUUAUUCUUUAAAAGGAUAUCAAUUAAAAUGAUUUAGAAUAUAAUAAAACACUUAAAUAAGUGAGAUAAUAACUUCCUAAGUCAUGCAAUUUGAUUAGCGUUGGAGGAAUCAAAACUAAAGAACAGUUUUAGGAAAGAUUAAUGAACGGAGCUGAUGCUUGUUAAAUUUUUUCAUCUUUUAUUGCGAAAGUAAUUAAGAUAAUAGAUUUUUUAGGGACCUCACGUCAUCAAGGAUAUUUUGCUGUGAAUAUUCG